AUGGAUCCAGAUCAAUUUAAACAAUUUAUGAUGGUAAACCAGGAAACUUUAAAUCAACUGCAUAAAAGUUUGGCAAGUACUUCAAAUUCAAAUAAUACUAAUAAUUUUAUACCUCUAUUCGAAAAUUUUGAUGAACAAAAAGAAAACUUCAAAAUUUACAUAGAACGUUACGAAAACUACCUUAAAAUCAAACACGUUUUCGAUGACAAGAAAUUUGCUUUAGACUUACUAUUGAAUUCUAUUGGCUCUGCAACUUUUUCAAUGCUUUCAUCUUUAGUUGCACCUCACAAAAUUAGAGAUUUUGAUUACAACACCAUUGUAAAGAAACUUGAUAAUCGCCUGAAUCCAAAGAAAAAUAUUUUAGUGUUGCAGCAUAAAUUUCUUUCCUUAUAUCAACAAGAAAAUCAGUCAAUUUCCGAAUAUACUACUGCUCUAAAACAAGCUACUCUUGAAUGUGAAUUUAUCUCUACGUGCGAAUGUCAGGCAAACAUUUCUGAACAUUUUUUACGAGCUCAGUUUAUUCGAGGCAUCAAUGAUAACUUAAUUAGAGAACGUCUGCUGGAAUCCAAUGAAAAAUCAUUUGAAAAAUUAGAAGAAAAGGCUUUAAUCUUAGAAUCUUCAAUUAUCGACAGUAAAGAAUUUUCAUCAAGUAACAAUUCUUUAAAUAUCAACCAAAUCAAUAAAUCUAGACAGAGACCAAAUUCAGCGUCUUAUAAUAGGAAGCGUUCCCAGUCUGGAUCAAGAAUCAAUUUUCAAGAGUUGGGGAUAGACAAUCGAUGUUUACGAUGUGGUCAGCAACAUCUUGUUAAAAACUGUAAAAUCAAUCCUAAACGACUUUUUUGCAAAGGUUGUAAAAAAUAUGGUCACGUCAUUUUAGUCUGUAUUUCAACGCUUUUAGCAAACAAAGAUAAAACUAACUCGACCCAUCAUCUAAUUAAUGAAUAUCAACCAUCAACCAGCGAAACAGAACCAGAGGAUACUUUUGGCAUUAAUAAAAUUGUAGAUAUUUAUGAAAAUCAAUCUUACACGGAUGCUCAAAAGUUUUAUGUGACAGUCCUUAUUAAAAACAAACCGGCAACAUUUGAAGUUGAUUCUGGAGCAGGAUUUACACUCAUCUCAGAAUCAAAAUUUAAAGAACUAGAUCUUGAUUUACCACUUCAAAAAUCCGAUAUUGCCUUUAGAUCAUAUACAAAAAACGUAUUUUAUCCCCUAGGGAAAGCAAAAACAUCAAUACAAUAUCAAAAUAAAAUUUCAACAGAAGAAUUUUACGUAGUUCCUGAUGAAUUAGACUCCUUAUUAGGGCGUGUCUCUUGCGAAGACAUCCAAAAUGAUGAAUGUAACCUAUCAAAAUAUACUGGAAAUACUUUGAACCAAAAUUUCACUGCCACCAUGGAUGUGAAAAUCCCAGAAAAUCAAUUUGAAUGUGAAAUAUGCUCCAAACAUUUAGCAACAAGCCUUUCUUUAAAAGUACACAUGAGAAUACACACUGAGGAAAAACCGUUUAAAUGUGAAAUUUGCACCAAACAGUUUUCAAGAAACACACAUUUAACUGUACACAUGAUAGUGCAUACUGGUGAAAAACCUUUCACUUGUAAAAUAUGCACCAAACAAUUUUCAACAAACACAAAUUUAACUAGACAUAUCAAAGUGCAUACUGGUAAAAAACCUUUUGCAUGUGAAAUAUGUAACAAACAGUUUUCAGAAAGUUGCAAUUUAAAAUCACAUAUGGUAGUACACAGCGGUGAAAAAGCUUUUUCCUGUGACAUUUGCGCUAAACAGUAUUUACAAAGUUCAUCUUUACAAUCACAUAUGAGUGUGCAUACUGGUGAAAAACCUUUCACAUGUAAAAUAUGCACCAAACAGUUUUCAACAAACCCACAUUUAACUAGACAUAUGCGAGUGCAUACCGGUGAGAAACCAUUUGCAUGUGAAGUAUGUAACAAACUGUUUUCAGAAAGUUGGCAUUUAAAAUCACAUAUGGUAGUACACAGUGGUGAAAAAGCCUUUUCCUGUGAAAUUUGCGCUAAAAAGUAUUCACAAAGUUCUACUUUACAGUCACAUAUGAGAGUGCAUACUGGUGAAAAACCUUUCACAUGCCAAAUAUGCAACAAACAGUUUUCACAAAGAUCUGGUUUAGAAUAUCAUAUGAAAGUGCAUACUGGUGUCUCUUGCGAAGACAUGCAAAAUGAUGCAGGCAAUCUAUUAAACGGUACUGGAAACACUUUGAACCAAAACGUUGCUGCUACUACGGAUGUGAAAACAGAAGAAAAUCCUUUUAGAUGUGAAUUUUGCUCCAAACAAUUAACAAGAAGUUCUUGUUUAAAAAGGCAUUUGAGAGUGCACACCGGAGAAAAACCAUUUAGAUGUGAAAUUUGCACAAAACAGUUUUCAACAAACUCAAAUUUAACUAUACAUAUGAGAGUGCAUACUGGUGAAAAACCAUUUGAGUGUGUCUCUUGCGAAGACAUGCAGAAUGAUGCAUUGAAUCUAUUAAACGGUACUGGAAACACUUUGAACCAAAACGUUGCUGCUACUACGGAUGUGAAAAUAGAAGAAAAUCCUUUUAGAUGUGAAUUUUGCUCCAAACAAUUAACAAGAAGUUCUUCUUUAAAAAGACAUAUGCUAGUGCACAGUGGUGAAAGGCCUUUUACGUGUGAUCUAUGCAACAAACAGUUUUCAACAAACUCACAUUUAACUAGACAUAUGAGAGUGCAUACUGGUGAAAAACCAUUUGAGUGUAAAAUAUGCACCAAACAGUUUUCAAUGAAGCAUGCUUUAAAAUCGCAUAUGACAGUGCAUACUGGUGAAAAACCAUUUAGAUGUGAAAUUUGCUCCAAACAAUUUUCAACAAACACACUUUUAACUGAACAUAGAAGAGUACAUACGGGCGAAAAACCUUUCACAUGCACAAUAUGCACCAAACAGUUUUCAAAUAGUUCCAAUUUAACACAUCACCUGAAAACGCACACUGGGGAAAGACCUUUUGCGUGUGAAAUAUGCAACAAAGAGUUUUCACACAGUUCGUACGUCAAAGUACAUAUGAGAGUGCAUACUGGUGAAAAAUCUGCAUGUGAAAUUUGCGCUAAACAAUAUUCAGAUAGUGCAGGUUUGAAUAGACAUAUGAGUGUGCAUACUGGUGAAAAAUCUGCAUGUGAAAUUUGCGCUAAACAAUAUUCAGAUAGUGCAGGUUUAAAAAGGCAUAUGAGUGUGCAUACUGGUGAAAAACCUUUUACGUGUAACGUAUGCAGCAAACAGUUUUCAUAUAGUUAUUCUUUACAAUCACAUAUAAGAGUGCAUACUGGCGAAAAACCUUUUACAUGCGAAAUAUGCUCCAAACAGUAUUCACACAGUUCUAGUUUAACAGCACAUGUGAAAACACACACUACAGACUGA